AUGAUGAGAAAUUUCUGGUGGGGCCAAAAGGAGAAAGAAUCCAAAGUCCCUUGGGUUAGCUGGAGGAAAAUGUGUAAAUCAAAGCUUCACGAUGGGAUGGGCUUUAGGAACCUUGAGGCUUUCAACUUGGCAAUGCUAGCCAAGCAAGGUUGGAGAAUGUUGUCAAACCCAAUCUCUCUUGUUGCUCGAGUAUUCAAGGCAAGGUACUUCCCUCAUGAUGAGAUACUUAAUUCUAAGAAGGGAACCAGCCCCUCUUAUGCUUGGAGAAGCAUCCAUAUUAGCCUUGAUGUGCUAAGGAAGGAGACAAGGUGGAGAGUGGGCAAUGGUAGAAGAAUCCAUAUUUGGGAGGACAAGUGGCUGCCAACUCCAACAACCUACAAAGUGACCUCCCCUCCAACAGACUUUGAGGAUUUCCCUAUGGUUGUUUCUCUUAUUGAUUUGGAUACCAGAUGGUGGAAAGUAGACACGGUCCUUGCAGCCCCUUUAACAGCAAAAGUGACUGAAGCUCUCACUUUGCUCCAUGGUGCUUUAUUUGCCGUGGAAAUGGAGGUUUCCCAUGCAAUCUUUGAGUCAGAUGCCCUCUCUCUCAUCCAAUCAAUUAACUCAGGGGCUGUGGGAGGUUCUUUACCAUCAGAAGUUGGAAACCUGAAACUUCUUGUUGCACUAGAUGUUUCAUACAACAAACUUUCCAAUAAGAUUCCAAACCAGCUAGGGGACUGUUUGUCCUUAGAAACACUUUAUAUGCGAGGCAACUUCUUUGAAGGAACCAUUCCUGACCUAAGAAAGUAA